GUUAUUUUGUAAUCAACAUGACAGAUACAUAAAAUACAUUGUUAAAACUUUAGUAUAGAAUGAUGAGUGAUGGUAUAAAUCCAGCCCAGAGUGAUUCUGUCCAAGCAGACUUUAAUGUAGAAACUGUAAAUUAUGUCAGAUCAGAACCUCCACCAUACACUCCUUGGGAUCAGAGAAAUGUGAUAGAAGCACCUGUUAUACAUCAAACAGUAAUAAUACAACCACAACUGAAGGCUUCACCAAUAUUUUUUCAUUGCCCUAAAUGUAAUGAGACAGUUCUCACCAAAGUAGAGUAUAAAAACUCAAAAAAAACUCAUAUGUUGGCUGGCUUCAUAUGUGGAUUUACAUUAUGGUGUAUGCUAUGUUGUCUUGCAACAAUGCCGUAUAUUUUCCCACUGUUUAAGAAAACAAGGCAUUAUUGUCCAAAUUGCAAUCUGUUUUUAGGUCAAUACUCUAAAUUUUAACAGUGGCAUAAUUGAAAGUCAUUUAAUGGUGAAAAAGAAUUUUUAAUGUAUUUCUUAAAUAAAAUUUUUGCUUAGCAAUUGG